AUGAGAGAUGGGAACUCCAAGAAAAGCAAGCUUUCAUGGCCUAAGACACUGGUUAAGAAAUGGUUCAAUAUCAAGAGCAAAGCUGAGGACUUUCAAGCUGACGAAAUGGUUUACGAAGGUGUUGAUGAAGAUUGGAGGAACAACUUCUCAGAGAGGGAGGCAUGCACUAUCAAGAAAAGCAGAACAGAGAGAUCGAGUAGGAGGAACUCAGAUCGUGUCCGGCGACAUAAGAUUGACCUUGAUACCUCCCAAGUUAGAGACGUGCAUAGUUAUAGGAUCUUUGCAGCUACAUGGAAUGUGGCUGGAAAAUCUCCAACAAGUUAUUUGAAUCUUGAAGAUUGGCUUCACACCUCAACUCCUGCUGACAUUUAUGUUCUUGGGUUUCAAGAAAUUGUUCCUUUGAAUGCUGGUAAUGUUUUGGGAACAGAGGACAAUGGUCCAGCUAGAAAAUGGCUAGCACUCAUUCGAAAGACUCUAAACAGUCUUCCGGGCACGAGUGGUGCUUGCCACACACCUUCACCAAUCCCUGAUCCAAUUGUAGAACUAGAUGCAGACUUUGAGGGAUCGACUAGACAAAAGGCCUCGUCUUUCUUCCAUCGUCGUUCAUUCCAAUCACUGAGUCGAAGCAUGAGGAUGAUGGAUAAUGACAUGUCAAUACCCCAACCUCGACUUGAUCGUCGAUUCAGCAUUUGUGAUCGGGCCAUGUUUGGCCACAGGCCAAGUGAUUAUGACUCAAAUGUUUUUGGAGGGCACAUGCCAUAUGAUUACGAGCCAAAUGUUAGAUGGGGUGGUUCCUCUGAUGAUGAAAAUGGGCCUAGUGAUUCACCAGGUACCACACACUACUCGCCUAUGUCUUACAGUGGAUCUAUUUCUCUUGAGGAUAGAGAUAGACAUCCAGGACACUCAAGGUACUGUUUAGUUGCGAGUAAGCAAAUGGUGGGCAUAUUUCUCACAGUAUGGGUGAAGAGUGAUUUAAGAGAUGAUGUUCGCAACAUGAAAGUAUCUUGUGUGGGCAGAGGAUUGAUGGGUUAUCUUGGAAACAAGGGUUCAAUCUCAAUAAGCAUGUCUUUGCACCAAACAAGCUUCUGUUUCAUCUGUAGUCAUUUAACCUCGGGACAGAAGGAGGGUGAUGAGCUGCGAAGGAACUCUGAUGUCAUGGAAAUUCUUAGGAAGACAAGGUUUCCAAGAGUUCACGUCAUGGGAUAUGAGAAGUCCCCUCAGACAAUCCUUGAGCAUGAUCGAAUUAUAUGGCUUGGGGAUUUGAAUUACCGCAUUUCCCUGUCCUACCGUACUGCAAAGGCUCUUGUUGAGAUGCGCAACUGGAGGGCUUUGUUAGAAAAUGACCAGCUACGGAUAGAGCAGAGGAGAGGGCGCGUCUUUGAGGGAUGGAAUGAAGGGAAGAUAUAUUUCCCUCCCACAUAUAAGUAUUCAAAUAAUUCAGACAGAUAUGCAGGCGAUGACAUGCAUUUAAAAGAGAAGCGAAGAACACCUGCCUGGUGUGAUCGGAUACUUUGGUAUGGUAGAGGGCUCCAUCAAAUAUCUUAUGUUCGUGGGGAGUCUCGAUUCUCAGAUCAUAGACCAGUUUAUAGCAUAUUUUUGGCAGAAGUUGAGUCCAUCAACCUUUUGCGCUGUCUUAAAGAAAGAGUUUCAAUAUUUGCAUCAAUUCAACCAAGUCAUUCCUCGAUCAAUCAGGUUGGCCAAGAGAUAUUCGUCUCGACAGUCUUAGAUGUGUUUGAUUUGGCAAAUUGCAACAGAAGGUUCCUACCUGUAACUAUGUGCAUAACAUGCUUACUAACGGCACUCUCCAGCUGA